AUGACAUUCCCAUCAGCAUCUAUCCAAUUCGACCCAGACUUGACAAUCUCCCCCUUCGAACAGAUCCACAUCAUCAACCACGUGUGCUCCACAAUCUCCGCCCAGCAAUACAAGCGCACAUGGCCCAAAGCGCUCGAAGCCGCCGCGUCGCGAUACAAACGAAUCCCAAAACUCUUUCUGGAUGCUGACUGGCCAGGUCGAGGUGUCGACAGACCAGUGUCCACGAUCGUCGUGUCUCGGCGUACUUCCACGCCGUUUGGUAAGCUUGAAGCGCUUUGGGUUUUGAGUUUUGAGAGCGGCGAGAUGCUUGGUGACCUGUGA